AUGGCAUCCAACGACUACUACCAGCAACCGCAAGGCCAGCCGCAACAUCCCCACUACACCGGCCACAACAACACCGCGCCCUACCAGCCGCCCAACGAGCCUCCCAAGCAGUACGCCCAGCCGCCCCCGGACUAUGGCCAGAACUAUCCUCCACCAAAUGGCCCUCCGCCCAGCGGCGCAGACGCCGAGAAGCCGACGUUCGACCAGGCCUUCAAGCUGGACAAACCCAAAUACAAUGACUUGUGGGCCGGCAUUUUGUUCAUCGCCGUCUUCCUGGGCUUCGCCGCCGUCUCUGGCAUCGCAAUCCAAGGCUACGCCCACACCAAGGGCUUCAAUGGCGGUGGCAUCUACAACGGCGCAAACAACUUCGGCCUCACCACCAACACCAUCGUCCUCUUCGUCUUCUGUCUCUGCGUUGCCAUCGUCUUCAGCUAUGCCUACGUCUGGCUCGCCCGCGCCUUUACCAAGCAGUUCAUCUGGAUCACCGGCAUCCUGAACAUCAUCUUCGGCUUCGUCACCGCCAUUUACAUGCUGUCGCGCCACUACUGGUCUGGCGGCAUUGUCUUUUUGCUCUUCUCUAUCUUCAUGAUCAUCGCCUUCGUCAGCUGGAUCCCGCGCAUCCCCUUUAGUGCCUUGAUGCUGCAGACUGCCAUUGACGUUUCCAAGAAAUACGGCCACGUCUACUUGGUCAGCGCCAUCGGCGGCCUGGUCGGCGCCGCCUUUGGCGCCUGGUAUUCCGUGACCCUGGUCGCCGUUUACGUCAAGUAUGAGCCGGGAAACAACCCUGCCUGCAGCACUGGUGCUGGCGGUUGCGGCAAAGGCAAGGUCAUCGGCCUUUUGGUUUUCAUCACUUUCGCUGCCUACUGGAUCUCCGAGUGGCUUAAGAACACCAUCCACACGACCAUCUCUGGCGUAUACGGCUCGUGGUAUUUCUGCUCCCACAACUUCCCGAAUGGUGCCACGAGAGGUGCUUUCAAGCGCUCCGUGACAUACAGCUUCGGAUCUAUAAGCUUUGGCAGCCUCAUCGUCGCCAUCAUCAACUGCCUGCGCCAGCUUUGCUCUAUUGCCCAGCAGCAAGAAGCUGCCGAAGGCAACCUCAUCGGCUCCAUCCUCUUCUGCGUCCUCGGCUGCAUCAUCGGAAUGCUCGACUGGGCCGUUCAGUUCCUCAAUCGCUAUGCUUUCUCGCACAUUGCCCUGUAUGGCAAAGCAUAUAUUCCUGCUGCCAAGGAUACUUGGACGAUGAUUAAGAACCGUGGCAUUGACGCUCUUGUUAACGAAUGCCUCAUUGGCCCGGUCCUCGGGAUGGGCGCCACCUUCAUCGCCUAUGCCUGCGCGCUGCUCGCAUAUCUCUACCUCAUCUUCACCUCGCCCGCCUAUAACCAAGACGGCGCUUACACCCCUGUGGUAGUCGCCUUCGCCUUUCUUAUCGGUCUGCAGAUCUGCAACAUCUUUACUACUCCUUUGAGCAGCGGCAUCGACACCAUAUUUGUCGCCUGUGCCUGGGACCCUGAGGUGCUCAUGCGGGAUCACCCGGACCUUUACGCACGCAUGAUCAGUGUUUACCCCCACGUCCAGCAGGCCAUCCAUGCCUAA